CUAAGAUGAAGGAAACCGCGGAAGCAUUCCUUGGGAAGAAAAUUAAUGAUGCUGUGGUCACUGUCCCAGCUUACUUCAAUGAUGCUCAGAGGCAGGCCACCAAGGACGCNGGUGUCAUUGCUGGUCUCAAUGUUGCUAGAAUUAUUAACGAACCCACUGCUGCNGCCAUUGCUUAUGGAUUGGACAAGAAAGGUGGCGAGAAGAACAUUCUAGUCUUUGAUCUUGGAGGUGGGACAUUUGAUGUCAGUAUCUUGACAAUUGAUAAUGGUGUUUUUGAGGUUCUUGCAACAAAUGGAGAUACUCAUCUUGGAGGUGAGGACUUNGAUCAGAGAAUAAUGGAGUACUUCAUUAAAUUGAUCAAGAAGAAGCAUGGAAAGGAUAUCAGCAAGGACAANAGAGCACUUGGCAAGCUCAGGAGAGAGGCAGAGCGUGCGAAGAGANCUCUCAGUAGCCAGCACCAGGUCCGCGUGGAAAUUGAAUCACUUUUUGAUGGUGUUGAUUUCUCUGAGCCACUCACCCGAGCUCGGUUNGAGGAGUUGAACAAUGACUUGUUCCGGAAGACAAUGGGACCAGUGAAGAAGGCUAUGGAAGAUGCUGGAUUACAGAAGAAUCAGAUCGAUGAAAUUGUUCUCGUCGGUGGAAGCACAAGGAUUCCGAAGGUUCAACAGCUUUUGAAGGAUUACUUUGACGGAAAGGAGCCAAACAAGGGUGUCAACCCUGAUGAAGCAGUUGCCUAUGGUGCUGCAGUGCAAGGAAGCAUUUUGAGCGGAGAGGGCGGUGAAGAAACCAAAGAUAUCCUUCUACUGGAUGUGGCUCCCCUCACCCUUGGAAUUGAAACUGUUGGUGGAGUGAUGACAAAGUUGAUUCCCAGAAACACAGUUAUCCCUACAAAGAAAUCUCAGGUGUUUACCACCUACCAGGACCAGCAGACCACUGUCUCCAUUCAGGUUUUCGAAGGUGAGAGGAGUCUCACAAANGACUGCCGUCUGCUUGGGAAAUUUGAUCUGUCAGGAAUUCCGCCAGCUCCAAGGGGUACCCCUCAAAUUGAAGUGACCUUUGAAGUUGACGCAAAUGGCAUCCUGAAUGUGAAAGCAGAAGACAAAGGCACUGGAAAGUCAGAGAAGAUCACGAUUACAAAUGAAAAGGGACGUCUGAGCCAGGAGGAAAUCGAGAGAAUGGUCCGUGAGGCGGAGGAGUUUGCGGAGGAAGACAAAAAGGUUAAAGAGAGGAUCGAUGCUCGUAACAGUCUUGAAACCUACGUCUACAACAUGAAAAAUCAGAUCAGCGACAAGGACAAGCUUGCUGACAAGUUGGAGUCAGAUGAAAAGGAGAAAAUAGAGAGUGCAGUGAAGGAAGCAUUGGAAUGGCUUGAUGACAACCAGAGUGUUGAGAAAGAAGAAUAUGAGGAGAAGCUUAAGGAGGUGGAAGCCGUU